UGCAGCAUGUCAACAAGGCCCAGCUGUCUGUACACAAACAUACUGGAGUCGUUUUCAUAAGGUGAAACAGACUGGUGUGGACAAUCAUCAUGACAAAUGGGCAUAUGCUGUACGACCUUGACCUGACCUGUCCUGUAUAGCUGAUGCACAUACUUAGAUGACCUUACCUGAGGUUAGGUUAGGUUAGGUGGAGUGGGUUGGGAGCGGAGAAUCUUCAGAUUGACACUCUGGUGGGGAGGUUGUUCAAGUGGUCUGAAGAUAAUUAUUAGUUUGCAGAAGCUCAUGACCAACUACAAUGCAGGCUGCUAGUGCAGUUCAUGUCUCAGAAGCCUGGUGGACUGAAGCUUGCAAAAAAAUAAAAAAUUCUGUCGUGUUUGUCGACAAUAACACAGCAGAAUGUCUUCACUGGAGUGGAGGACUCACGAGAUUGGUUAAUGCAGGAGCAAAAAAUGUGAAGGAAUUUUCAUCUUUUGAGAGAGGAAACAAGGAUGACAUGAAGGCGGCCUUCAUGGUGAGCACCGCCAUUAGGGACACGACCGCCACCAUAUUACAAGACAUCAUUAAGGCCUCCAGUUUUCAGUAUUGCAUCGUCAUCACAUGUGCCCAUCCCAACGUCCAUGCGUAUGCCCGCUACGGUGGACGAGAAGUAGAUGAAGCCGUCUUGAUGAAUGAACUGGAACAAGAUGUCUUGGCCUGGAUGGGCAACAUGAAUUACACCGCGGAGAUAUUUUACCUACCUCUGGUUGUGGCACCAUAUUCAGAAAAUUUAUUCUUUAUGCCACCAUUUUCCACAUUGUAUCCACUACUCAACUCAGAUGUUAGAAGAAUAUCCAAGCUGCAGCAGGCAUGUGGAAAAGGGGAUAAAAUUAAACCAGUGGAAAAUCUUGGUGAAGUCGAGUUUCACCAUCUUCCCAAUGAGAUGCGAAUAAUGGUCCGUCAAUUUGUCGUGUGCCUUCAUAGCCUUCUACAGGGAAUGAAUGCCAGAGAUGAAAUAUACACCAUUGGACACACGUCUCGUAUUAUCGGAACUGAACUUGAUGCUUUCACCCCAGCUAGACAGAGAAGGAAGAUGGCUGCUAACAAAGUAUCGGUGGUGUUAGUCGACCGAACUUUGGACCUGGUGAGCGCAUCCAGUCAUGGAGGGGAGACUCUGAUGGGCAGGAUCUUGUCUCUCUUGCCGCGUCUGUAUGGUCAUCAGCUGGACUCCGCAGUAAACAUGUCUCCUUUGUGCGAGGUUCACCCGUACGUGCAGUGAAUAUUUGUGAUAGUUC